AUGGCCUCACUUCCACCACGUCAAGCCUCACAAACGCGCCGAGCCUCGCCCGAUCAGCCAUCCGACGCACAGCAGCAGCAUCAACCUUCUCCAUCGCCAGUUCGGACACGUUCGGAGGACUCCCAAACACUCUUCCUCAACAAGCCCGGGGAAGCUGCUGCCUCGCAACCGGCUCAAGACUCAGAGCAGCCUCAGAAUCCACAGGCCUCAGAAGGGGAGCCAGAAGAGAAGCAAUGCUGGAUCUGUUUCUCCGACAGCUCAGAGGACACGCCGGAAACAUCGCCAUGGCGGAAUCCCUGCCCAUGUGCCCUGGUCGCUCACGAGGCUUGUCUGUUGGACUGGAUAGCUGACAUGGAGGCCCCCAACAACCGGCGGCACAACGACUCACUGUCCGCCCCGAAGAUAGAGUGUCCACAGUGCAAGACGGAGAUCAAGCUGGCAAGGCCACGCAAUUUGGUCGUCGAUGCGGUGCGCGGAGUAGAGAGGCUGGGUGGACAGAUGGUCACGCCUGCUGCUCUGUCGAUACUGCUUGGAACGGUCUACCAUUCUUCCAUGGCAUGGGGUGUCCAGAGCAUCUACGCAGUCUUUGGCGCAGCAGAUGGCUACCGGAUACUGCGCCCGCUCGUCCUGAACAACGUCCGGGCACCCAUCGAGAUUACGAGGUUUAUGACUCGCAGACAGAUCCUCGAACGAGUGGGCGAGGCCCUUCUCGUGCACUUCCAGCACUGGCGUCUAUACGUCGGUGUUCCUCUCAUCACACCCAUACUCGUGCUUUCGAGAACAUCGCUUGCCGACACAGUGCUGCCUGUAUUACCGAUCGUCUUCUUUGCGUCACAGGCCAACUCGAUGCAAGACACGGGCGACUUCGCCGUUUGGCCACCUUCUGCCAGCAUGGCAUUCGCAACACUUCCCUACAUUCGCUCAGCGUACAACUACUUCUAUCGGCGGGUAUUGAUGCCGAAGCAAAUACAGUGGUUGAAGGAGAUACAGCCUCGGCUUACUCAAGAAGCGGGAAAUGCAGAGGGUGGCAAUGGCGAGCAAGGAGCGGAAGGUGGACAGCAGGGAAACAUGGGACCUAGAGAAGACGACGACAAUGUCUUUGAGGUGAGGAUUGAUGGUGGGAUAUGGGACGACUGGGAAGAUGAAGACGAGGUUGAGGAUGCGGCGGCUGCACGACAAGCCGUUGAAGAGGCUAUCCAACAAGCCCAACCACCUCCUCAAGACCAGCCACAGCAGGGUGGUAACGACAACGCCAAUGCAGCCGAACAACCUCAGCAAAACCCUGAUCAACAGCAACAACCACCGCAACAGGCCCAGCAACAGCAACCCCAGCAGCAAGAGCAACAACCCCAACAACCCCAACAACAACAACAGCAGCAGCAGCCCAUCGGUGAACGCCGACUCUCCUUCUCUCCCACCGCCAUCGCAGAAACCGUCCUCGGCGCCCUCAUGUUCCCCGCCAUCGCUGGCGUCAGCGGCGAACUGCUCAAAUUCUGGCUCCCCAGCUCCUGGACCACCCCCAAGGUCGUGCGCAGUUGGAGUGGAGGUCGAAGCGUGGCGAAAGGUCUGCUGCAGGAGAAGUGGGGGAGGAGUUUGGUGGGAGGUUGUUUGUUCGUGGUGUUCAAGGACGCCGUGAUGUUGUAUGUGCGCUGGAAGAUGGCGGAGAUGCAUCGGAAGAGGCGGGUGGUGAAUUGGAAGGGGCCGAGGAGGGGGAGGGCUUGA